AUGAUUUAUGCGCUGCACUGGUGCAGUGCUCCACCAACUGAGCUAUCAAGCCAACUGGGAGCUGGUCACGAUGUGAGACUUUUGCAUCUAUUAGGUGCCUCUGGUGAAAAACGACGGCAGCUUCAUGAGGCUACAAUACCCACGAAUCCUGAGCCCCUAAACAAGGAUCUGGAGGUAAAUGUAGAGGUCCAGAUUAUUGACCUUAAAGAUGUCUAUGACAAGAAAACUAAGAAAGUAGCUGCCGGCUUAGAAUAUCGACUUGAAAAUCCUGUGGUGACUGUUGUGGUCCGGGCAUCUGUGGAAAUCACUAACGUCUACGUACAUGUACAGAGGUGUGCAAGAGCUGCCAUAAGAACGCACGACACUAGUGGUUCUGUUGAGCUAGAAGUAAGCACUUCGCAAAGCGAGACGAACCGACGAGUCAUUUGUGUCGAUCUUGGUUCGGUUUACAAGAAAAAAGGUGGGGAUCACUUCUACUGGUUGGAGAAGGCUGACAUCGCAGAGCGAAAUAAAUGGGAACUGACCUUUACAAUAGAGUUGAUCUCGGGAUUGACAGCCAGUGCUACAUCCAGACCAUUUCGAGUUACGACUAAAGCCAAUUACAAGAGAGGAAGUGAAGAUUAUCCAAGUGUUGGCAAAGCGCAAAAUCUUAGUUGUAAGAUCACCGUUCCAGAAAGCCAAACCAUUACGAACACUGGUGUGACCACACUCCAAGAAAGUAGAGAGAGUAAGAAGGCUAAGCUGCAAGACACUACCAUAAUGACAGAUGAUAUUGUUUGCAACGAGGUGAGUCAGGAUCUAUCACUCGUCAACCUUGAUGGAAUAGACGACGUUUCAAGGGAAGAUUCUUUGGAAGAAGAGAGAUUAAUACUGCAGCCAAACACAGUAUUAGACAGACAUCUGGUCGCAUCAUACUACAGUCAGGAGCCGAGGAUCCGUUAUGUUGUUGAACAGCCUGAGCUUCCUGCUUUGUUGAAGCUGGUGGCAAAGCGAUCUAUGCUGGUCGGGGAUCGUCGGAAGAAAGCCAGGAGAAAAAAGUCCACUGAUAAAAACUUUUGGUGGGCUUGUGGCCACUGCUUUUUUGAACGACAAAAAAAAUCGACCAUCAGAGCUCAUUUAAUUCAAGAAGUUUGUAGAAAACCAAGACUGCAAAGACAAAUGUCGAAGAGAAUACGUUCUGUUUCCGAGUUAGAACGUCGAUCCGAGCUUGACAAGAUUCGUGAUUCAUGGAAAAGGUCGAUAUCAAUUUGAAGAGAUCUUUAGCUUAGAAAUGUAAAAAAGAGGUUUAUAACAUAAAUAAGAACGUUGUUACAUCUUUUUAAAAUAUCUUUUUAAUAGUUUCAACUGCGUCCUGUGGUUUACAAUUUGCUGAACAUUCGAAUCGGUAAGAGUCCUUAUUGGAAAAAACACAAGUUCUUUUCCUUUGACCCGUACUUUCUUGCCUAAACAACAGGCUUGAGAUGUAACGCGUUGUGCGGAACCACUGUAAGCCUUUAUAAGAGACUUUAUAACUAGAGUAAGCACAUUUCAUGACAUAUCAUUUCUAUUAAUAACUGCGUGACUGGACCCACGUGUAUGUCCCGUUUCCUGUUUUACCAGGUUACUAUGGAAAAUUUCGCUCCCUCUUACAAGAAUGUCUUCGUGUCGAGCUGUAACCAGGAACAGGUUUCUUUCUCAGCAAAUUCAUGACCUGUUUUGAAACCUUUUUCGCAGUUAUUCGUUAUGAAAAAAAGUCCUGCGCUCCCUUGCCUAAACACAAGGUUAAGCUGUUACGCGAAGUGCGGAACUGCUGUAAGCGCGACAGCUAGGUCGAUCGAGUACUUUCUAGAAUUGCAUUACGUGACCACUCCGGCGGUCAUUAAUUUUUUUUUUCACUACGUGACGCCUUGAACA